UGCCCGCCCGCUGGCUGCUCUGGCGCCGCUACCGCCUGUCAGAGAGCAUGAAGGGACUGCUGGUGGCGCUGCUCGGGGGCGGGGUGCCGGCUGGCUUUGUGGCCCCUUUUACCCGCAUGGCCCACGAGGCCUCGUCCAUCCCCUCGCUGGAGAUCCUGCUGGUCCGCUGCCUCUUCCACCUGGCCUUCGCCUGGUGCCUGCGCUGCCGCCGAGCCCCGCUGCUGGGGCCUGCUCCAGGCCGCCGACGCUUGCUGAUGCAUGCAGCUGCCAAUGUGGUUUCCGUGGCCUGUGCCUACAGUUCUUUCGUGGUGGUGCCCAGUGGCAAUGCCGCCACCGUGCGCAAGGGCUCCUCCACUGUGGGCUCAGCCCUUCUGGCGCUGUGUGUGGAGAGCCGCCCACUAAGCGGCUAUGACUGGUUUGGGUUGGUGGGCAGCACCUUGGGCUUGCUGAUCAUGGUAGUGCCAGAUCUGCUUAGCCUGGAUGCCAGCACUCGGCUGGCUGAUGCCUUUGGGUAUGUCUUGGCUUGCCUGGGCGGCGUGGCUUUGGCCUUGACUCUGGUCAUCUUCCGGGCCUUAGAUUUCCCAGCCAAGCUGCCCACAGCUGCCUUCGCCUUCGGGGCACUGGGGGGCCUGGUGUGUGCCCCUGCCAUGUUCCUGCUGCAGGAGCCAGUGCUGCCUGCCGACCCGCUCACCUGGACCUGCACGGUGGCCAUCGGGGUCCUGGCCAUGGUGUCCUUUCUGUGUGCCAGCCACGCAGCCACUCUGGCUCACCCGGCACUGGUGUGCGCCGUGCUGCACUCCGAGGUGGUGGUGACACUGGCCGUGCAGUACUAUGUUCUGCAGGAGGCCGUGACACCCUUUGAUGUCAUGGGAGCUGGCGUCAUCCUGGGUAGCAUUGCCAUCAUUGCCGCCCAGAACGUCAGCUGCCACCCACAGGAUGAGGAUGAGGAUGAGAAUGAAGAUGAAGGAAGGCAGGAGGGCUGAAAGUGGAGAUGGCAGCUGGGGUGGUGACAGGAUCUUCUGCCCCCUUGACAUGCCUGGAGGGGACUCCCAAGGACCAGAUGUAGCAGGGACCCUGCAUCCUAUGGACACACCUGGAAGAUAUUCCCACGUGCCAGGUAUAGCUGAGACCCUCUACCCCAUGGACAUGCCUGUUGGAGACCCCCCUGUACCAACUGUAGCUGGGACCCUCCACCUAAUGGACAAACGUGUUCGACACCCCCUCCAUGUGCCACAUUGUUGGGACACUCCAGCAUUUGGAUCCCUGGUUGAGAUCCCUAUGUUCCCAAGCUGCCCCGGGACCCGUUGUCCCAUGGACACACCUGAAAGAAAUCCUCAUGUCCAGGUGUAACUGGGGCCCUCUGCUCCAUGGACACACUUGGAGAAGACUCUGAAGCACAUGCCGCCAUGGACUACAGGGGUUUCUUUGGCCCUCAAACGAGGCCUGAUCCCACAGGGCACUGGUGGACACUGGUGUGGAGAUGCAUGCCCUAUGAUGAUUGCACGGGACGGCAGCUCCUCUUGCGGUGCAGAUGGGAGGAAGGAACUGGCCCAGUCCAGGGCCACCAGCCACACUGGAACUUGGCUUUCUAAAACUCUUCCUCAACAGUUCUUCCGGCCAGAUGCCACCAGACAGGUGGAUGUAACGUGUCCAAAGCAAGAGUCAGAAAUAAAACUUGUAUGUUUGAGGAUGGGAUGCAGGGGCAGCUAUAGAUUUCCGCAUGGACUUAGCCACCCUAAAUAGCCAUUUCCAUCCUGGAAGCAUUAUCCAUCCAGCCCAGUAUCCUAACUGUCAUGUUGCUCACCUGUUGUGAUGCUGUA